AUGAAGAUGACCGAGCAAAUGAAGACAGAUCUAGAGGAGUUGCAUCACAUUGCAGAGAAGGAGCCCGACUUUUAUGUCCUGGACUUUGAGUGUCGAAGGGGAGGAGCGCCCGACAAUUGGAGUCGUGCCCAAGCCUCAGACCGGAUUUGA